AGCAGAAGGUGGCGGUAAUAUCAUAUUAAGGUAGUGCCAGCCGCUGUUAAAAACCAAGAAGAAGAAGAAGUGGUGAAGCGCUGAAGCGGUAUCUGAGUUGGGUCAUGUCCUAAUUUAGAGUGCGAUUCUUUAUUAGCGCACGUAUCCACACGGAAAGACAUUCUGAGAGAAUGGAGGACCAUGUGAGUGAAAAUAAGACCUCCUUUUACUUGAAGGCAGAGAAGUACUGGAAGGACAUUCCUGCCACUGUGGACGGAAUGCUUGGAGGUUAUGGAAGCAUUUCCAGCAUCGACAUCAACGGUUCCAAAAAGUUCCUGCAGAAAUUCCUGGGGGAGGGCAAAGGUAAGACAAGACCAGGCUGUGCCCUGGACUGUGGUGCUGGAAUUGGCCGUAUCACCAAGCGUCUUCUCUUACCGCUUUUCCGUACGGUGGACUUGGUAGAUGUAACGCAGGAUUUUCUAGACAAAGCACGUUCUUAUCUGGGUGAGGAAGGCAAAAGAGUGGAGAACUAUUUCUGUUGUGGCCUACAGGAUUUCCAGCCUCACCCUGACCGGUAUGAUGUCAUCUGGAUCCAGUGGGUCAUUGGUCAUCUAACUGAUAAUCAUCUAGUGGACUUCCUCAGACGAUGUCGCAGUGCUCUACGGCCUGAUGGUCUGAUUGUGGUGAAGGAUAAUGUGGCAUUUGAGGGUGUUGUUCCAGAUGAGGUGGACAGCAGUGUGUGCAGAGACCUGCCCUUAUUGCGCUGCAUAGUGGCCAAAGCUGGACUCAACAUCAUCUAUGAGGAACAGCAGCAGAACUUUCCUGAGGAAAUCUACCAGGUCCACAUAUUAGCUAUCAGAUAGGAGAUGUCUACAUACAUGUUAUACAUUUUAUGAGCAAGAAAAUCUUGUCAUCUUUACUUACCAUUGUUUCUUCCUGUCAUUUUUAAUGAUGCAUCAGGUUGCAACGCUGCAAAAUUGUCUAUGUGCCUGUAUUUAGGGUCUGCAGUUUUAAGGAACACAGUUUGAGGUCUGAUUUGCACCCAGACCCCUAAACUACCUCCAUCAGGGAGCACAAUUUUCAAAUAAGAUAAUAGUCCUUUUACACUUUUUAGAUAUUUAAAUGUCCUCAUUUCCGCAGGAUGUUUUUGGAGAACUGAAUAUACAUUAAACACAUUUGUGCUUUCAUUGGAAUAAGAUUUAAUAUUUGAGCUAACCUGAAUUUGUCCCAAAUUGUUUGUGUGGAAAUAAAUGCAUCUAGUUUGUGCUUAAGUUAUUAAGAGACAUAUUCAGGUGUGCAUGUAUUUAUGAGUGACGAGUUAAAUACAUAAAUAGCUUUGUAGAAAACAC